ACAAAUGUAAAGAAGAAGUAGCACCUAAUUUCCUGUUCCUUAAACACGGAUCCGUAGUGACAGCAAAAUAACAAUACAUUCUCUCAACUAUCCCUUUCCUCCCUAAAAUGUCUAAACUACAGCAGAUCAAUGUAUUUCUCAACGAAAAAUUAACAGCAGUUCCUUUGGAGAUAUCCGUGUUAGUAAAAAAAACGAUCGCAGAGCACCAGGAAGAAAUCUCCCGUUUGAAACGGGCGAAUGCACGUCUACGAAGACUGCUGGAUUUGGUUUUCAAACCAGAGAUAAAGUUGCAUAGAUUAGCAGACCUCCAGCUGCUCACUCUCACUGAAGAGGAGGUUAACCCUGAGCAGCAGCACUGUGAGCAGGAUUGGAACGCCAAUCUGGGGCUGCAGGAGUCUGAUGCUGAAGAGUCUAUAUGGAACUCUAUCAACAUCAUAACCGUAGAGAACCGGACAGAAUCUGAUGGCGAGAGCUACAGCGAGUCCGAAUCAACCAGUGACUAUGAGCCCCCCUCUGACAGUGACAACAGUGAAAGUGAUCAGGUAAAUGUGGAGAAUAGAAUACGAUUGUCAGGGUUACAGCCUCUUAAAUCAAAGCGAGGAAGAGGACAGCCAAGGAAAGAAACUGGGGCGUUGCCUGAUCUGAAAUGUGAUGUGUGCGGAAAAAGCUUGGCGACAGCACGUAGUCUGAAAAGGCAUCACCAAAAUCGGCAUCUUGAGGAGAGACCAAGAGGAAGGCCAAGGAAAGAAACCAGUGAGUUGCCUGAUCUGAAAUGUGACGUUUGCGGAAAAUGCUUUGUGACAAGAGGUGGUCUACGAAUGCAUGAGAAAAAUAGGCACAGUGAAGAGCGACCAUACAUGUGCGACAUAUGUGGCCAAGGUUUUGUCCUGAACUGCUACCUGAUCCGACACAUGAAGACUCACACUGAGGAGGGACAACAUUGCUGUACCGUAUGUGGCAAAUGUUUCAAUCACAAGAAUAACCUGAAAAAUCAUAUGGGUACUCAUACAGGGCCGACUUUUAAAUGUGAUUUGUGUGGAAAAUGCUUGACAACAAAAGGAAGUCUGAAACAGCAUCAGCAAAAUCACACUGGGGAGAAAUUGUAUCCGUGCAAAGAAUGUGACAAAUCCUUCAAUAUUAAGGGAAGCCUGAUAUUGCAUAUGAGGACUCAUACAGGGGAGAAACCAUUUCGAUGCAAAGAAUGUGGCAAGUGCUUCAGCGACAAGGGAACCCUUACAAAGCAUAUGAUGACUCACACAGAGGAGAAACCACAUAGCUGCAACAAAUGUGGCAAAUGCUUCAGUCUAAAGGGAAACCUGACAGUGCAUAUGAAGGUUCAUACAGGGGAGGGCGUUCAAUGUCAUUUGUGUGGAACUCACUUGAAGUUAGCAUCAAGUCUGAAGAGACAUCUGCGAACUCACAAAAUAAAUGCACAAUGACUAAGAACACAUAACAAUGCCCUUUGUGUAAAAUGUGUUGCAUGGAAGAGACUAUUAUAAGAGCACAUCUCACCGGGCACAUACAUCUGGUCAACUCUAGUUUUGAUUUCAAUUAGGUUGAGUUGUCAACUAACAUGUGAAAUCAACAAAACAUUUCACAAUUGGAUUUAGGUUAAUAGUUGGGUGAAUAAAAUACUAUUCACUUACAUUGAUGACUUCUGGCAAAUCCAAUCAGUUUUCCACAUUGAUUCAAUGUCAUCACAUUGAUUUGUUGCUGUUGAAAUUAUGUUUGAACAAAGUUGAUUCCACCACUUUUUGUCCAAUAGGAUGUCACUAUAACUUUACCGGGUCACUACUGGGACAAGCCAAUUUGCUUACUCUAAGUACUUUAAACAAUGCAUAAACCUAAAGUGUUGCAGUAUAAAUGACUAUCAUUGAUAAACAUUUAAAUAUAAGCAAAAACAUGUACAGUUGAAGUCGAAAGUUUAAAUACACUUAGGUUGGAGUCAUUAAAACUCGUUUUUCAACCACUUCACAAAUUUCUUGUUAACUACAGUUUUGCCAAGUCGGUUAGGACAUUUACUUUAUGCAUGACACAAGUCAUUUUUCCAACAAUUGUUUACAGACAGAUUAUUUCUCUUAAUUCACUGUACCACAAUUCCAGUGGGUCAGAAGUUUACAAACACUAAGUUGACUGUGCCUUUAAACAGCUUGGAAAAUUCCAGAAAAUUAUGUCAUGGCUUUAGAAGCUUCUGAUAGGCUAAUUGACAUCAUUUGAGUCAAUUGGAGGUUUACCUGUGGAUGUAUUUCAAGGCCUACCUUCAAACUCAAUACCUCUUUGCUUGGCAUCAUGGGAAAAUCAAAAGAAAUCAGCCAAGACCUCAGGAAAGAAUUGUAGACCUCCACAAGUCUGGUUCAUCCUUGGGAGCAAUUUCCAAACGCCUGAAGGUACCACGUUCAUCUGUACAAACAAUAGUACGAAAGUAUAAACACCAUGGGACCAUACAGCCGUCAUACUGCUCAGGAAGGAGACGCGUUCUGACUCCUAGAGAUGAACGUACUUUGGUGCGAAAUGUGCAACAGAACAACAGCAAAGGACCUUGUUAAGAUGUUGGAGGAAACGGGUACAAAAGUAUCUAUAUCCACAGUAAAAUGAGUCCAAUAUCGACAUAACCUGAACGGACGCUCAGCAAAGAAGAAGCCACUACUCCAAAAUCGCCAUAAAAAAGCCAGACUACGAUUUACAACUGCACGUGGGGCAAAGACUCUACUUUUUGGAGAAAUGUCCUCUGGUCUGAUGAAACAAAAAUAGAACUGUUUGGCCAUAAUGACCAUCAUUAUGUUUAGAGGAAAAAGGCAGAAGAACACCAUCCCAACCGUGAAGCACGGGUGUGGCAGCAUCAUGUUGUGGGGGUGCUUUGCUGCAGGAGGGACUGGUGCACUUCACAAAAUAGAUGGCAUCAUGAGGACGGAAAAUUAUGUGGAUAAAUUGAAGCAACAUCUCAAGACACCAGUCAGUAAGUUAAAGCUUGGUCACAAAUGGGUCUUCCAAAAGGACAAUGAGCCUUAGCAUACUUCCAAAGUUGUGGCAAAAUGGCUUAAGGACAACAAAGUCAAGGUAUUGGAGUGGCCAUCACAAAGCCCUGACCUCAAUCCUACAGAAAAUUUGUGGGCAGAACUGAAAAAGCAUGUGCGAGCAAGGAGGCCUACAAACCUGACUCAGUUAAACCAGCUCUGUCAGGAGGAAUGGGCCAAAAUUCACCCAACUUAUUGUGUUAAGCUUGUGGAAGUCGAACCAAAACAUUUGACCCAAGUUAAACAAGUACUACCAAAUACUAAUUGAGUGUAUGUAAACUUCUGACCCACUGGGAAUGUGAUGAAAGAAAUAAAAGCUGAAAUAAAUCAUUCUCUCUACAAUUAUUCUGACAUUUCACAUUCUUAAAAUAAAGUGGUGAUCCUAACUAACCUAAGACAGGGAAUUUGUACUAGGAUUAAAUGUCGGGAAUUGUGGAAAAACUGUGUUUAAACGUAUUUGGCUAAGGUGUAUGUAAACUUCCGACUUAAACUGUUUGACGUUUUAAUGCAUUUAUUUGCAAAUUAUGGAGGCCAGUCUCCAGAUCUCAACCCCAUAGAAAAUCUUGGGAAGGAGUUGAAAGUCUGUGUUGCCCAGCAACGGCCCCAAAACAUCACUGCUCUAGAGGAGAUCUGCAUGGAGGAAUGGGCCAAAAUACCAGCAACAGUGUGUGAAAACCUUGUGAAGAUUUACAGAAAAUGUUUGACCUCUGUCAUUGCCAACAAAGAGUAUAUAACAAAGUAUUGAGAGAAACUUUUGUUAUUGACCAAAUACUUAUUUUCCACCAUAAUUUUCAAAUAAAUUCAUUUAAAAUCCUACAAUGUGAUUUUCUGGAUUUUAUUUUCUCAUUUUGUCUGUCAUAGUACUUUUUUGCCCCACUGUAUCUCACUGGUCACCCCCAAAGCAAAUUCCUCCUUUGGUCGUCUUUCCUUCCAAUUCUCUGAUGUAUACAGAAAAGAGAGACUGAACCCUGUGGCACACCCAUAGAGACUGUCAGAGGUCCGGACAACAGGCCCUCCGAUUUGACACACCGAACUCUAUCAGAGAAGUAGUUGGUAAACCAGGCGAGGCAAUCAUUUGAGAAACCAAGGCUGUCGAGUCUGCCAAUAAGAAUGUUGUGAUUGACAGAGUCGAAAGCCUUGGCCAGGUCGAUGAAUACGGCUGCACAGUAAUGUCUCUUAUCGAUGGCGGUUAUGAUGUCGUUUAGAACCUUGAGCGUGUCUGAGGUGCACCCAUGACCAGCUCUGAAACCAGAUUGCAUAGCGGAGAAGGUAUGGUGAGAUUCGAAAUGGUCAGUAAUCUCUUUGUUAACUUGGCUUUCGAAGACCUUAGAAAGACAGGGUAGGAUAGAUAUAGGUCUGUAGCAGUUUGCGGACACAGUGGACGGAUAAAAGACGCAUUAGAACACCAUGUGUAGACGCAUUUCUGAAAAUGUGGGCACAAUCAGAAUGUAGGCAAGAUCAAGACAGGAUCAGGAACAGCCCUAGCCUUUUGGGGCACUAAGUGAAAUUGUGUUGGGCGGAGAGAAGAAAAAUACGUUUAAAAGUUAAUUUUCUGCAAUUCUACAAUUUUACGAUGGGGCGUAAUGAAAAUGUGACCAUUUUAAAGCAAGUCUGCUGCAAUUCUACACAUUUUGUAUUGUAUCACAAAUUUCAUAGAAUUUUACUCAUUUUACCAUGGGGUGAAGAGAAAAAUAUGCAGUUUUACAGCUGAUUUCCUGAAGGUGUACAUACAGUGCCUUGCGAAAGUUUUCGGGCCCCCUUGAACUUUGCGACCUUUUGCCACAUUUCAGGCUUCAAACAUAAAGAUAUAAAACUGUAUUUUUUUGUGAAGAAUCAACAAGUGGGACACAAUCAUGAAGUGGAACGACAUUUAUUGGAUAUUUCAAACUUUUUUAACAAAUCAAAAACGGAAAAAUUGGGCGUGCAAAAUUAUUCAGCCCCUUUACUUUCAGUGCAGCAAACUCUCUCCAGAAGUUCAGUGAGGAUCUCUGAAUGAUCCAAUGUUGACCUAAAUGACUAAUGAUGAUAAAUACAAUCCAUCUGUGUGUAAUCAAGUCUCCGUAUAAAUGCACCUGCACUGUGAUAGUCUCAGAGGUCCGUUAAAAGCGCAGAGAGCAUCAUGAAGAACAAGGAACACACCAGGCAGGUCCGAGAUACUGUUGUUGAUAGAGGAAAAUAUAGUUUAGAUGGUCAAUUAUGUAUACAUUAAUGAUUAGAAACAUUCAUGCUAAUACUAUUAUAUUAUGAUUUGAAAAGUAUGGGUUCUUAAUUGUACUGUUACUGAAAAUGUAAGCAGAAAUUAAUUGUGUCUGUGUCUCCUGGGAAAGUUUUAAAGCAGGGAUAAGAUAGUACUUCAAACAGAUAAGAAUGUUUUGGUUGGAUUCCAUUAGCAGAGAGAAGUAUAUCCUUUAGGCAGGUUGGAAUGUAGUUUAUGAGGGGAGUGAAACUAUCUCCAGGACCGAAUACUACGCCAUUGUAAGGCUGGGAGGGGGGGUGUAACUGAUGAUGUCAUUUUAUGUCUUCUUCAGAUUUAAAAUGUAAUGUUCUUUGUAUUUUGGGUCAGUACUCAUCAAGAAUAAAUGCUGAACUUGUUUUUUAAGACUGGUCUCUUGCUAAUUCAUGCAAAUGAUAAACUUACAACUUAUCAUGAAUUAGAAAUGAGUGCGAAUUUAAUUGGUUUUGGCAAUAAAACAUAAGGGAAUUUAAAAUUCCUCUAUCAGUUGUGAAGAAGUUUAAAGCCGGAUUUGGAUACAAAAAGAUUUCCCAAGCUUUAAACAUCCCAAGGAGCACUGUGCAAGCGAUAAUAUUGAAAUGGAAGGAGUAUCAGACCACUGCAAAUCUACCAAGACCUGGCCGUCCCUCUAAACUUUCAGCUCAUACAAGGAGAAGACUGAUCAGAGAUGCAGCCAAGAGGCCCAUGAUCACUCUGGAUGAACUGCAGAUAUCUACAGCUGAGGUGGGACACUGUCCAUAGGACAACAAUCAGUCGUAUAUUGCACAAAUCUGGCCUUUAUGGAAGAGUGGCAAGAAGAAAGACAUAUCUUAACCUGUUAGACCUAUAGGGGCAGUAUUUCAUUUUUGGAUAAAAAGACGUGCCCGUUUUUAGCGCAAUAUUUUGUCACGAAAAGAUGCUCGACUAUGCUUGGAAUUGAUAGUUUUGGAAGGAAGACACUCUGACGUUUCCAGAACUGCAAAGAUUUUCACUGUGAGUGCCAUAGAACAAAAUCUACAGGCAAAACCAAGAUGUUUGAGUGACCAAGAAAUCAACAGGAUUUCUGGAGGCACGUUUUCCAUGAUCGCCUUAUAUGGCUGUGAAUGCGACAGGAAUGAACGGACACUUCCUAUCGUUUCCCCCAGGUGUCUGCAGCAUUGUGACGUAUUUGUAGGCAUAUCAUUGGAAGAUUGACCAUAAGAGACUACAAUUACCAAGUGUCCCGCACGGUGUCUGCGUGGAAAUUGGUGCGCAAAAGUCAGGUACCAGUAUUUUUCCAUCCGAAUCAGAGAAGAAUGCACGCUUCCAGGGACGGCAUUUCAAUGAAGAGAUAUAUGACAAAACACCUUGAGGAUUGAUUCAAACAACGUUUUCCAUGUUUCAGUCGAUAUUAUGGAGUUAAUUCGGAAAAAAGUUCGACGUUUAGGUGACUGAAUUUUCGGUUAGUUUCGGUAGCCAAAUGCAUAGUAACAAAACGGAACGUUGUGUCCUACACAAGCAUCUUUCAGGAAAAACUGGACAUCUGCUAUGUAACUGAGAGUCUCCUCAUUGAAACAUCUGAAGUUCUUCAAAGGUAAAUUAUUUUAUUUGAUCCCUUUGCUGGUUUUUGUGAAUGUUGCGUGCUAAAUGCUAACGCUAAAUGCUAAGCUAGCUAUCACCACUCUUACACAAAUUAUUGAUUUUCUCUGGUUCUAAAGCAUAUUUUGAAAAUCUGAGACGACAGGAUUGUUAAGAAAAGGAUAAGCUUGAGGGCAGGCAUAUUUAUUUCAUUUCAUUUGCAAUUUUUAGAAAUCGCUAAUGUUGCGUUAUGGUAAUGAGCUUGAGGCUGUAGUCACGAUCCCGCAUGCGGGAUGGGGCGGACUAAGAUUAAAGAUAUACAUAAAAAUUGUCGUCGUUUAAAGUUUGCCACAAGCCACCUGGGAGACACACCAAACAUGUGGAAGAAGGUGCUCUGGUCAGAUGAAACCAAAAUUGAACUUUUUGGCAACAAUGCAAAACGUUAUAUUUGGCGUAAAAGCAACACAGCUCAUCACCCUGAACACACCAUCCCCACUGUCAAACGUGGCAGCAUCAUGGUUUGGGCCUGCUUUUCUUCAGCAGGGACAGGGAAGAUGGUUAAAAUUGAUGGGAAGAUGGAUGGAGCCAAAUACAGGACCAUUCUGGAAGAAAACCUGAUGGAGUCUGCAAAAGACCUGAGACUGGGACGGAGAUUUGUCUUCCAACAAGACAAUGAUCCAAAACAUAAAGCAAAAUCUACAAUGGAAUGGUUCAAAAAUAAACAUAUCCAGGUGUUAGAAUGGCCAAGUCAAAGUCCAGACCUGAAUCCAAUCGAGAAUCUGUGGAAAGAACUGAAAACUGCUGUUCACAAAUGCUCUCCAUUCAACCUCACUGAGCUCGAGCUGUUUUGCAAGGAGGAAUGGGAAAAAAUGUCAGUCUCUCGAUGUGCAAAACUGAUAGAGACAUACCCCAAGCGACUUACAGCUGUAAUCGCAGCAAAAGGUGGCGCUACAAAGUAUUAACUUAAGGGGGCUGAAUAAUUUUGGACGCCCAAUUUUUCCGUUUUUGAUUUGUUAAAAAAGUUUGAAAUGUCCAAUAAAUGUCGUUCCACUUCA